UCUCUCCAGCGAACCUCUUAAGGGUCAAGAUAAGGAGAUGGUUAUGGUCUGUUUACUAACACGCUGGCUUCUGAAGCUGGGAUUGUGAAGUGAAUGAGUAACUGUCCAGCAUUGUGUAAUAUUGUGUCUGCAUUCACCUGCAAAAUUCCACCGGUUCCUCAUCCCUGGUCUACUUUUUAAACCAGGAAAUGGUGUAGCUCUGCGGCAGAGUGCUUGCUAUGCACACAGCAGGUUUCAGGGUCAGUCCCCAAUGGUAGGAGAGACUCCAGCUUGAAAUCCUGGGGAGCUGCUGCCAGCCAGUGCAGGCACUAUUGAGCAGCGACGGCACCCCCCGGGAUAGGACGAUGGCCUCCGCGUUGGGGAACCGGACGGAGACCUGGCUUCAGAAGCUGGACUCGCUGAUGCGGGCCCUGAACCAGACUCUCUCCCACGCUUGCCCCCAAGAUGCGAAGCCCGUCGAGGAAGAGAAGGACAACUACGCUUGCAUCUACAUCCUCUUCGUGAUGAUCCUCUUUGCCGCGACGGUCGGGAGCCUGAUCCUCGGCUACACCAGAUCCCGCAAGGAGGUGGACAAGCAGAGCGACCCCUAUCAUGUUUACAUCAAGAAUCGGGUGUCCAUGAUAUGAGGAGGAAGACCAAGGCAGGAAGGACUUGAGAAGCCUCGGGGCAGAAAUCCUUGGUGCAUCCUUUGCAAGAAGACAACACGCCUUUUAUAGCCUUUUAUUCACCAACCUGCGCCCUCCAGAUGUGUUGGACUACAACUCCCAUCAGCCAGGGCUGACAAGCAACCCCUACUGGUUAAAAAAGGUUCUGCCUCAUGAGCUGCCUUUUAAAUUUUGCAGAGAUCCAAAGCCUUCAGCUCCAAACCUAUUCUCACUUACCUGGGAGUUUUAGUCGUUUAGUCGUGUCCGACUCUUCGUGACCCCCUGGACCAGAGCACGCCAGGCCCUCCUGUCUUCCACUCCUCCCGCAGUUUGGUCAAACUCAUGCUGGUAGCUUCGAGAACACUGUCCCACCAUCUCAUCCUCUGUCGCCCCCUUCUCCCAACAUCAGGGUCUUUUCCAGGGAGUCCUCUCUUCUCAUGAGGUGGCCAAAGUCUUGGAGCCUCAGCUUCAGGAUCUGUCCUUCCAGUGAGCACUCAGGGCUAAUUUAAGCCUCCCUAAAGUCAGCGCUGCAGAUACAGUACAGAUGAUAUCUCAAUGGGGCAGUACCUUUUCUAACCAGUAGAGGUCAUCCUACCAGCAUGGCUGUGGCUGAUGGGAGUUGUAGUCCAGGCGCCAGGUUGAUGAAUCUUGCUUUUCCUGGUUCCAGUUAUAUCCCCCUUCUGGAACUGGGGCGCACCUGUGUGCUGAUGGGUGGAAAUCUAAGAUGUGGUGAGAGGAAACACUGUUUUCAAAGAAAUUUGGACUGGUGGGGGUGCCUUCAAAUCGCAGAUUAUCAAGAGGGUAUAUAUAUAU